AUGACGAAAAUUAUAGGAAAUUAUAGAAUUUUAAAGCGACUUGGAAAAGGAUCUUUUGGGGAGGUUUACAAAGCAAUUCAUAAUUCUACUUCUCAAAUUUAUGCUAUCAAAUCACUGGAAAAAUAUCAAUUGAACCGACUUCCCAGAUUAAAAAAUCAAUUACUCUUAGAAGUAUCUGCAUUGAGAGCCUGCAAUAACCCAAACAUAAUCAAAUUGUUCGACGUCCUCAAAACAGCGAAUAAAUAUUAUUUGGUAAUGGAAUGCUGCGAAGGAGGAAGCCUUGAAGAAUUUGUAGAAAAGAACGGUCCUUUAAAUGAAGAAAUUGUUAAAAAAAUCCUUGGACAGCUUGUAGAUGCUCUCAUUUUUAUGAAGAAAUCUAAUAUAAUGCAUAGAGAUUUAAAGCCAGCAAAUAUAUUACUAACAAAUCCUGACAUAGAGCAAGCUGAAUUAAAAAUAGCUGACUUUGGGUUUGCCAGAUUUUUAAACCCAAAUUCAUAUACAGAGUCUUAUUUAGGAACUCCUUUAUACAUGGCACCAGAAGUUUUACAAUCAGAAAGCUACAGCUUCAAAGCCGACAUCUGGAGUCUUGGUGCUAUUAUAUAUGAAAUCCUAUUCGGGAUUUGUGCAUUUAAUGGACAGACACAAACAGAAAUAAGGAACUUGCAAAAAAUGCCUCUUUAUUUUCCAAGGGAAAUCUCUGGCGAGCUUAAAGAUCUUAUCCAAAAAAUGUUAACGUUUGAUUUUAAUGAAAGAAUAAGUGCUGAAGAUAUAAAGAAUCAUCCAUUUUUAAAUCCUUCCCUAAAUAUACAAACUAUAGAAGACUCGAUUGACGAAGAUUAUAUAAUUUUAACAGAGAGAGAAGAGAAUCUUGAAAUAAUCAAUAAUUUUAUUCGGCAAGCAAAUGAGUAUUUUAUCGGAGAAAGUAACUACUUGUCCUCGCUAUUAGGAUUUUAUGAAAGAAUUAAGAAUUUGAAUCUAGCAAAAGCAAUUGCAAGAUUUUGGUUGAAAAAUAAUGAAGACAUGAUCACUCAAGCUGAACUCUUAAUUCAAAGAUUUCAGCUUGCAAAAGAAGAUCCUAGUUCUAAGGAAUUAUUUGAAGCUCAUGAUACUUUGAAAAAUUUGUGCAUAAAUUCUAUAAAAAGAGAUGCACAAUUGAAUUUAGUGAGUAUUAAAGCAGCAACGCAGAUAGCAAGAGAGCUAAUGAAAGAAUCUGAACAAUAUAUUUUAAGGGAAAUAAAUAUGCACAAUUUAAGUUGCUCAUUAUAUCUUGCCAAGGUUUCUCAAUUCUACGACAAAAAAAGCCAAGAAAUUCGAAAUUAUUAUAACUACAUAUUAAGUAUGUAUGAAGACCACAGAAUUUUAUAA